UUGCAUCAGUAAUGCCAAUAUGUGGAACUCCUCAGUUUGUUGUGCUUUUGAGUACCCUAUUUUAGACAAACUCCUACCCCCUAUACUGAUUGUGGAGUUCAUUUUUGGCCUCACAGGGAACAUUUUUGCCCUCUGGAUGUUUGCUUUCCACAUGGAGAACUGGAAGUCAAACUCCGUCUACCUGGCACAAAUGACUGUGGCUGACUCAAUGGUGCUCUUCUUCAUGCCAUUCAGAGCCGACUACUACAUCAGGGGCCAGGACUGGAUCUUCGGAGAUGCCUUCUGUCGCAUGAUGCUCUUCCUUUUGACAGCCAAUAGGGCCGCCAGCAUUUCCUUCCUCACUGCCGUGGCUGUGGACCGCUACCUGAAAAUUGUGCACCCACUACACCGUCUAAACCGGAUGAACCUGAGUUACACCAUGUGGGUAUCUGCAGGCUUAUGGGCAAUGGUAUUACUUAUGUCAUCUCAGUUGCUGGGUUCAGCCCAUUUUUUCAGCCUCGGCAACCGCAUCCAGUGUGAGAGUUUUAACAUAUGCUUCGACAACCGUCCAUUUUCAGUCUGGUACAGUGCCUUUUAUGUGAUCCAGUUCUGUGUGUCAGGCAGCAUCAUCAUCUUCUGUACAGCCUGCAUUACAUGGCAGCUGAAAACCAAGACGAUGGACACCACAGGCAAGGUCAAGAGGGCUGUCUACUUCAUUUUCAUUGUUGCCUUGAUCUUUUUCAUCUGCUUCCUGCCAAGCACUGUUUCAAGGAUCUCUGUUCUGAUCCUGAAGGUCUGGUACCAGGAGUGUUCACACUUCAAUGAUGCAAAUCUGGCAUUUUAUACUUCAGUCUGCUUCACCUAUUUAAAUAGCAUGCUAAAUCCUCUGGUUUACUACUUUUCCACUCCUGCAUUCAGUGGGACCAUACAGAAAAUUUUCAGGAGAUUUACAGAGCAAAAAGAAGAGGUUACUUCAUGAAUAGCAAUGUGGCUACAGUAACAACCAAUUAAAGUCAAUUUAAGUCAAAUAUGUAAAACAAACAAUAUUUUUUAACAAGCAAAAACAUCUUUAAAAAAAAAACAAAAAAACAAUGUCGUUAUUACAUAGUAACAUAAGUGAAUUUUCAUAUAGUGAUAAUUAAUUAUGCGGUAUAUGCCAGCUUUCCAUAGUUAAGAUUCCUUUAAGAAAUCUAUAACCAAUUGUUUCAAUACUGUAAUAUUAUUUAGCUUUUUUUUUCUAGCAAUGCAACAACAGGUGGUUGAAGCCCCAACUCUGUAAAAUACUACAUUAAUACUAUAAGGUAAUACUGGGCAAGUCCAGCAUUAUGUGACAUCUGGACUCAUAGUGAAUUGCAAAGUGUUUCAUUGUGUGCUAAGCUGGGCAUCAGUGAGACAUUUUGCAUAUUUGUAUGCAAUGUAAUCUUUCCAGGGGAAUCCAGACCAAUAUUCAAAAAUAAUUCAUUUACAUUUUACAGGUGGUAGUGAGUUAAUAAUAAGCUAAAGUAAGAAUCCCUUCAACACCACACAUUUAGGUAUUUAUACAAUUUAGAAUACUGAUGGUUAUUUCUGUUCUGUAUUUAGUUAUGAAAGUAUGCGUUAAUUAACCUUUCAUUCAAUUUAUUAUAAAUUCAAUAAAAUGUGCAUUCA